UUGCUGCCGGAAAAGAAAACUCAGUAGCUCGGGGAUUGUUUGCAAAGAGAUUGUGGAAAAGCUAAAAUAAUUCCCUUCUCCUUUACACACCGUGACGUGUUAAUGCCCCCUCCCCUUCGCUUUAUCCGCAGCAUCCCUCUGCACAAGUCAGUGCGAGGAGCUGGGAUGCAGCAGGGGCCGGACUGCUUUGUUGCGGUUAUGUAGGAUCCAAAAAGAACCCACCGCUCUCUGCGACAAAAAAAAGCAUUCGUUUUCGACGCAAGCCAGUGCCCCGAGUACACCGAGCAGCCGGUCUCGGGACACCGCGGGGAUGCAGCCGCGUUAGCACAGGAUCCAGGUGCUCCGCAGUGCUGUAUGGUCCUUCGCAUAUUAGCUCACUUAUAAUAGAUGCCACUAUAUUUCCACAUUUGUGCCAUUUACUAAAAAAAAGUAGCCAAUUAUUUUUUCCCCACCAGCGGAGCUCCUGUGAAGAGCCCGGAUUGCGGCUUCUCGCUGAAUUGCAAGCUUUGAUAUUGUUUUUGCUCUCUCUCUCUCCUCCCAUCAAUUGCAAAGCCUCUUGUGUCCUUGGGUUAUUUUUUGCGUCAGAAGAUGGCGGAUCCCACAGAGAUGUUUUCUCUGUCAACCUUCCACUCUCUCUCCCCUCCGGGCUGCAGACCUGCCCAUGAUAUCAGCCUGGAGGAGUUUGAUGAUGAGGAUUUGUCAGAAAUUACAGAUGACUGUGGAAUUGGGCUGAACUAUGACUCUGACCCCUAUGAAAAGGACUGUUUGAUGCUGGAUGUGAAAGGUGCACCUCAGGCUGUGACUGAGAUCUGCUCCUUCCAGGAUGACCUGCAGGAAUUUGAAAUGAUUGACGAUACGGAUGACAUGGAGGAAAGUGAACUGCUGCCUUCACCCUCUGCCACAACCAUCCAACAGACGCGCCCUUCCACCUUAAACCUUGCCACUCCACUUUCCCACUCACAGGAUUCUCUCAAUAACAAUGCCAGCUUCUCUCCCAGGAAAGCUAGCUGGCAGGAGACACUGCUACACUCCUCUAAUGGCCAUUUAACCCCUCCUCAUCUGUGUAUCCAAGAUAGUGUCCACCAGGCUGGCUGGUGCAUGACUGGCCCGAAGUCUGGACCACAUGGCCCUGGAUCACAACUGAAACACAUGGAGACCGCAUCAUCCCAGUCACCUCUGAAACCUCUACUGUACGAUUUCGAAGGGAAUCGGCGGGAUACUCUGGAAUACGGUAACAGCAAGGCUGACCAACUCAUAGAGGAUCAUAAUAUGAAUAUUGUAUCGCCAUCAUUGCCAUGUCCAUCAUUGCAUGUGAACAAAGAACCUGCUAAACACUGUCUCUCUCCGACAGGGUCUUUUGGUUUACACACAAAGUCAGGAAGCUCUUUCCCUGAAAUGGAAGCUGGCCAUGAUAGCCAUACACAUCAAACUAACACAGCAGACAAUAUCACAUCACAAAGCUCAGAUACAGAGCUGGAACAAGACUUGACUAGCAGCAGUUCCAAGGGACAUUCUUGUUCUGCUAAUAGAUCCAGUGAAAUGUACACACUUGCCUCUGAAUUAGGAAUGAAUACUGAGAUUGAAGCUGACCAUACCUUUGCUGCCACUAGUAAAUGCUUGUCACCAUCCAACCUUAGCAACGGUUCCUGUACUCCUGUGUCUGAUGCAGAGCUUGAACUAGAAUUUGGAAUUGCAAACAAGAUGCACAGAGCAUCCACAGAGCAAACAGCUUUUGUGCCCCCCGUUCUCGAGCAAAUAAAUUUGACAAGCCCCGCCACCACUGCAAUGAGUUCUUCGGCUCCUGAUUCAGAGAUGGACCAUGACCAUGACACAGGAGAGACAGCUGUUGACUAUGUGCAGCCAUCUAGUUCCAAUAGCAAUACAGUGUCUCCUUCCUCUGACCCAGGCAUCGUGGCAGAUCUCACCAGUAAAAGCACCAAGAAAUUUAUGCAGUCGUACCAAAGUGAGGAUGGUGUUUCCUCUGGUUCUGACUCAGAAUUGGAAGAACUCGAAGAAAGACUAACAUGUGACAACAGUGCUGCAUGUAACAUGAUUUCUUCCAUCUCAGAGACCGAGUUAGACCUUACCAGUGAGAGCAGCAGUGGUCGGUCAUCACACUUAACCAACUCAAUUGAAGAAGCAAGUUCACCCAACUCUGAUCCUGAGAUUGACUGGGAAGGAGAAAUAAAUACUUCUAAUGUUAAAGAUCGAUUGUACUUGAUAAAGACAGCCAGUAAUACCGACGUCAAUACAUUAAACCCAGUUGCUGAAUGGGACCUUGACAGUGGGUAUACAGGAAGAUUUGUAUGUGCUACAGAUAAAAAUAAUUCACGUACUUCUGCCAGAGUUUCAGAGUCAGAGUUAAUAAUAGACCAUCUUACUGAUGUUAUUGCUGAAUCUUUGCAAGAUCCGGACCAGACAAAAAAACAGAUUACUUCACCAGAAACUCCAGAGUUGAGACCAGAUAGUAGGAAUGAAAGUACUGCCAGGCCUACAUAUCUUGAUAUUAUACCAAAUCCAUCGCUGUCUCAGGUCCCAAGCCCGAAAUCACAAACAGAAGAUAAUGAUGAAGAAAACAGUGAUGAUAAACUGAGUAAUGAUUCUGAGUCUUCGUGUUCUGAACAUGAUUUGGACGCUGAUCUAAGUGAAAGUUCUGACUCCCCUUGGCUUCUUAGUAACAUGAUCAACACAAUGAUUUCACAAGGCUCCCACACUGUCAAAGACGAGGGCUGGAUGCAGACUCAUUCCUUCAGUGAGACCGUUUCCUCAUGUUCUGACAUUGAGAUCGAGCCAGUGUUCGCUAACCAGCUACUGUGCACUUCAGGGCAUCAAAAUGACACAGGCCAGAGAGAUUCGAAAAACAAAGACCAUCUUGACUUAGACAUUGAGAUAUUGGAUAGCAAUGAUGAUUUUGAAGAUGCAAUGUUCUCCAAAGAUGAGGAUAAAAGAAAAGAGACAAGAGCUGAGGGACCUGAGUUAACGCCAACUUCUAACAAUAAACCAGCAACCAUUUACCUGGCUUUGAGUAAUCCACCCGAUGAUGCAGCCGUGAGAGUUGGCAAUCAUAGUGUAUCGUUGACUCCAGGAAGAGUUGAUUCCUGUGAAGCCGAAGCAGAGCUAAGCAAGGAUUUUAAGGACAGUUGCACAAAUGAAGAGGAUGAUGACAUCACCAUAAUGCCAAACUCCACACUAAGCUUCAAGUAUGAGGAGCCAAUGGAAAGCCUUCAAGGAAUAAAUCCAGAUCACGACAUGGAUGCUCCAAGUUUCAGUGAAGACCUAGAGGCUGCUUUUAUUUUAGAAAAUCGAUUAACUGAAUUGAAUUCUCGGCCGCUCACUUCUGAGGUGCAAACGAAAUCAAAGCCAGUCAGUGAAGAGACUGACUGUCCCAAUAAAUGCUCAAACCCAUCUUCUUCAUUUAAUGCAAGCCCCAAAAUACCCAUAUCCUUUAGUGACCCAUCAAAUGGACCUUUCAACCUGAAGGAACUGUCCCCAUUGCACAGAGCAGCCAGCAAGCAGCUAGACCAGUCAUUGGCCUAUGACUCUAUUAAGUAUACCCUGGUGGUAGAUGAGAACACUACUUUAGAGCUCGUCAGUUUGAAGCGUUGCACCUCCAUCUUGAGUGAUGAUAGUGAAAUCUCAACACUGUGCGACAACUGUGAGCUGGAAAUGGAUAAUGAGUUUGGGGACUGCACAGAGAGACAUGACAUCGAGAACUCAUCUGAGGAUUCAUCACCUGAAGCCGACACACAGUUUUCCAAGAAAUUCCUCAAUGUUUUUGUCAACAGCACUUCUCGAUCUUCAAGUACAGAAUCCUUUGGCCUUUACUCCUGCACAAUAAAUGGUGAAGAGCGGGAGCAGACUCAUCGAGCAGUAUUCCGGUUUAUUCCUCGCCACCAGGAUGAACUGGAGUUGGAUGUUGAUGAUCCAUUGUAUGUUGAAGAGGAGGAAGAUGACUACUGGUACCGAGGUUACAAUAUGCGGACAGGGGAGCGUGGAAUCUUCCCAGCAUACUACGCCCAUGAGGUUGUCAACCAGACCAAGGAAUUCCUAGGAAUAAAGAAGAGCAGUGUCUGGGUGGAGAGGUUUGAUGUGCAGUUCCUGGGAUCUGUGGAAGUCCCAUAUCACCAGGGUAAUGACAUCCUGUGUGCUGCAAUGCAGAAGAUUGCUACAACUAGAAAGUUGACAGUUCAUCUACGCCCACCUGCAAGUUGUGAGUUGGAGAUCAACAUUCAAGGGGUUAAACUGGUCAUGAGCUUGAAUGAGUAUGGCCCAGAAGACAAGACUGAAAGGUGCAGCCAUUUUUUCCAGAUGAAGAACAUUUCAUUCUGUGGAUGCCACCCUAAAAACAGCUGCUACUUUGGCUUCAUCACUAAGCAUCCUGUGGUGAACCGCUUUGCCUGCCACGUGUUUGUAUCUGAGGAAUCCAUGCGUCGUGUUGCUGAGUGUAUCGGUCAAGCAUUUCAAGAAUACUAUCAGGAGCACCUGGAGUAUGCUUGCCCGACAGAAGACAUUUACCUGGAGUAGAGGUUGACCCUUUCACAUGGAUUCAUUACAUUUUUCGCUGGACCUGGGCUCAACUGUGAGCUGUACCCCUGCUCCCUGUACAUAAAAAAAAUUAAACAAAUUCCGAAGAGAAUCCUAGUAAGGGUAUACAGUACAUGGAGCCCCCUGUGAGGUUUUAGCAUUGACUAUGAAAGCUCGUUGAUAUCAAACCUGUGUUUGCUGCACAUAUCAUUACCAUAUCUAACUCUAGCUACCAUCCAUUCCUGUUGCUGCUGUUUCAGGUUGCUUCAAAGCUACCAGUUCAAAUUGAAAAGCAUUUGGUCAAACAGAGAGAGGAAAAUGGGGUGCGAUGAGUUUACAUAUCAUGAGAAAUUCAUCCAAUGGCUGAAUGUGUGCUAAGUUUACCUUAUUUACUUCAGUGUGUCUGUUGUUGGAGGCAUAGUGCUCCUUCACCUUCUUAUGAGGUGCGUCCUCCCCUUAGUUGUCUCAAGGAACAUGCUGCCAAAUUGUGUGCAGAUGUCUGUGCAGCUGGGCAGUGAGGAUGGUCCUUUCUCCAGCCCCAUGGGUCACUGCUAAAAAGUGAGGAGUUUCCUUCAGUGUCAGCCAAUGCAAAAGUAUGUUCUUCAAUAAUGAGAAUUAUAUCUCUUAGUUUGUUUCUAAAGGCUUAAAAGACCUUACAUUAACAGCAUCUUCAGGUCAACAACCUGAGACCAAUAGGUCUGACUUUGGAUGAAGUACCUGACUCUGUGGGAAGUGACAGCUUCGACCCUGGAUGACGAUGGGGGCUCCAGGUGAGGGGGUUUGACCAUCCUGACUCCAAAAUAAACAGAUACAGUACAAGACCAAGAAAAGCAAAGGAAAUAUCACUGAUGGGAACAGUGUAUAUUGGAGAAUAUAUAUACAGCAUCUGUUCAGUCCUGCAGCAGCCACCCCCAUAUGUUUAGCUGGCAGUUUUAUUUUUAUUCAACGUGACCUGGUCAAACUCCCAAGUUGCUGCUUCCCCAGCAGUUCAGAUGAGAACCUGGAUGACAAUCAUGUCAGCAUUAUUUAAGUAUAGCACAGUAUGUUUGUUUUAAACAAUAUGAAUUGGUCUUUCGCAGAAACAUACAGCAAUGCUUAUUUGCUGACACCUAGAGUUUGCCAGUGUGAUGGAGUCAGCAAUGGAACAGUUUCUCCUAUUGUCCAGUGAAACUGAGUUACUGCAUGUGUUUCAACCAAACUUUCUCAUGGGGGCA